AGUCUGCACUUCAGUUCAUCCCAAAGGUGAUCAGUGGGGUUGUGGUCAGGCCUCUGUGCAGGACUCUCGAGUUCUUCCACACCAAUCUUGGCAAACCGUCGCAGCAGAACGUCGCUUUUUUGCACAGGGGCAUUGUCAUGCUAGAGGUGAAAGAAAAUUGUUAUGCUACAGCAUACAAAGACAUCCUAUAAAAUUGUGAGCUUCCAAUUUGUGGCAGCAGUCUGGGGAAGGAACUUGUAUGAGUGUGAUGGUCAGGUGUCCAGAAACAUUUGGCUAUAUAGUGUAGUAAGUUCAAACUGAUUGAUAUUAUGGACCUUGCGUUCUAUGAGAUUACUCUUCCAAUUCCCUAAACAGCAACUGUGCUUUGAUUUGAAAAUUUUCAGCAUGCUUUUACGACUCACUCAAGCUAAUCAGUCAGGUUUUAAUGAAUGAAUACCUCUACUGUAGUGCCUUGCUGAUUUCACAAUUAUUUAUACAGAUUGUAUCACAUGCAAUGCAAAGUAAUGACAUUCCGUUAAUUAGAAGGUAGUGUAAGAUUUCAUGGAACAAUUCCAGCCAUAGACAGGCAAACAAGAACAAUCACUGCUAAGUAUAGCAAACUUUGUCCUUUUGGGAGCCGAAAGAGUCGGUUCUCUCUGGCGAGUUAAGCCGAAUGAUUUGACUCACUGAAAAGAGUCGGGAUUUAUUAUUUAUUCAUUCUUUACAGGGCACUGUAUGCAUACACACACAGGAAAAUGCAGUGUAGCCAAUCCACAUACCAGCAUGUUUAAUUCAAAUACUUGUGAUCUUGUCAGAACCAAAUUUUUCUACCGGAACCCAAAACACUGAGCCGAUGUUCCCUAACGACCAUCUCUUUAUUUUGGUCCUUCGUGUCUUGCCCGGAUCAGGAAGAAGUAGCGUAGGCUAGGUCAGCGUGCUAAUCAGCAUUCUAAAGGUUGUGCUUUAAAUAAUUCAUUAAUAUUUAAAUAAGCUUUAAAUUUAUAAUAAAAUGUCUGAAAUGACUUGUGACAAUUUUUAGCUUUAUUUUAUUAGCAUUAUGCAAAGAUAGCAGGAGCUGGCCGCCAGCCGGUUAAUUGUGAAACCUAAAUAACAGAGCACAACGUAAAUAACAUUACACAGCCUAUGUAGGCUACCUAUACAGACAACAAGGCGACGUUUGGACUUCUGCCUGUCAAUUUGUAAGUAACCGUAGCGAAAUGUCGGAGUCUGGGCACAGCCAGCCCGGAAUGUACGGACAGGGACGCAGGAGGCGAAGACGGAGAGACAGGGAGCCUGGACCGCCUGGACAGAACCUCUCCGGACCGAGUCGUGACCGAGACUACGGCCCGCGGGAGCGGAGGGAUGGGAGCGAGGAGCCAUCUGGUCCACUUCUUCAGAAAACUCCCAUUAUUCUGGCCAAACCACCAGGAGAAAGGGCAAAGCCGAGCGCUGCUGUCAGCGGUGCCCCGUUAGAGAAGCCAAUUAUGCUGAUAAAAGCCAGAGAUGAAGGAGGCAAACCGGGCACCACACCAGAUGCUGCUCCUCCAGUUUCUGGCUCUGGAGCAGCAAAGCUGGAGAGGGAGGGUCAGCGUCCAACACAGCCUGUGUAUCAGAUCCAGAAUCGCGGCAUGGCUUCAGCUGCAUCUACCUGUGCUGUUGAUCCUGUGAUUGGUCAGACUAAGCUCCUCCCUGCUGAGAAAAUGAAGCACAGCAUUAAACUAGUGGAUGACCAGAUGAAUUGGUGUGACAGUGCUAUGGAGUAUCUACGUGACCAGACUGACAUGCUGGUUGUGGGAGUCAUUGGGUUCCAGGGGAUGGGAAAGUCCACCAUCAUGUCUCUCCUCUCAGCCAACAUGCCUGAAGAAGACCAAAGGGCGUAUGUGUUCAGGGCCCAGACACAGGAGAUCAAAGAGAGAGGGGGCAACCAAACGAGUGGAAUCGACUUCUACAUUACACAAGAGAGAGUGAUCUUCCUGGACACACAGCCAAUUCUGAGUCCUUCCAUCUUGGAUCAUCUCAUCAAUAAUGACCGCAAGUUGCCACCAGAGUAUAACCUGCCACACACAUAUGUGGAGAUGCAGUCUCUACAGAUAGCUGCUUUUCUCUUCACUGUAUGCCAUGUUGUAAUCGUGGUUCAGGACUGGUUCACAGACAUUAACCUCUACAGGUUUCUACAAACCGCUGAGAUGCUGAAGCCUUCGACUCCAUCUGCCAGCCACGACAGUGUUGGUUCAUCAGGACCAGAUGAUGGAUCAGAAUACUAUCCUCACCUCAUUUUCUUGCAGAACAAAGCAAGAAGGGAGGAGUUUUGUCCCCGAAACCUGAAAGAUAUGCACAUGGUUGUGGACAAACUGAUGGCCCACUCCCACCUGAAAUAUAAAGGCAUGCUGUCCAUGUUGGACUGUAAUAUAUUCCCUGGACUGGAUCGAGACUACUUUGAAAAUGAAGUGAAUCUCUUCCUUUUGCCAAUUUUGGAGAAUGAUGGAGAUGAAGCUUUGACAAGAGCAGGAUCUGGAUCUGCUCCUCUUUUCUCUCUGCUGCCUGGCUACAAAGGCCACCCGAGCUUUUCCUCUCUGGUGUCCAAACUGCGUAGCCAAGUCCUUGCCAUGUCCCGCAAUCAGCUCUCCCACACCAUCCUCACUGAGAAAAACUGGUUCCAUUAUGCUGCCAGAAUUUGGGAUGGGGUAAAGAAAUCCUCAGCGCUAUCUGAAUACAGCCGCUUACUGUCAUAAACCAGACAAGACACACGUCUGGAAAUGGCAGCUGUGGAGAAAGUUCCUCAUCUUCACGUGCACAGUGUUACCUUUUGAUACACAGUGGGUCUGAAGCAAUGUCCUUCAUGUUCGACUAGAACAGGGCUGACUCUUCACUGGAGCACUUGAUGUUCAGACACCAGCUACAGGCUGCACACACUCUCUGUUGUAGCUUAAACAUGGAAAUACAGCAAACAUGCUUACUAAGAAUGUUGGAUCUUCUACCAGCUCCCUGACUGUGCUGGAUUUGAUCUAUCAGCCGUGGUCUACAUCAGAGGUUUAGGGCAAAGAGCUGAACUCUGAAAAGCACUGCAUUUUUGAAAAGAGAGGAUCCCUUAAGAGACUUUUUAGUAACAUUAUUUUUUUUAUUUUUUAUUCAUGCACUCACUUUCAUUAACUGCUCUAACCUGCUCAGGGUCAUGGUGGAUCCAGAGCCCCUCCCUUUAAUGCAUGUUAUCUUAGCCAAUCCACUUACUUGGCAUGGUGGGAGGAAACGGGAGAGCCUGGGAGAAAAAACCCACACGGACACAGGGAGAGCAUGUACAGAAACUCCGGACCGACAGUAACUCGAGCUCAGGAUCAGACUGGGGACCCUGGAGCUGUGAGGUGGCAAUACUACCCACUGUGCUACGGUGCUGCCUAUUUAUUUGCUGUCAAUUAAAAAAUGUAAAACAUAAGUUGUAAGAUUAGAUUUUUAUGGAAAAAAAUUACUAGGUUUAAUAAAACAACACAAGUUUAACCAAUUGCAUCAACAAUGCUGAAGGUAUUGAACACCUUAAUCUGACUGCUGGAUUGAGAAACAGUCUACUAAUUAAAAAUAUCCAUUUU